AUGAUCAAGGCAGAAGAAGAGGAGUUUGUGUCAGUGGAGGGAGAGGAGCAGGUCAAAGAGGGUGAGGAGCAGGUCAAGGAGGGAAAGGUGCAGACCAAGGAGGGAGAGGAGCAGGUCAAGGAGGGAGAGGAGCAGGCCACGGAGGGAGAGGAGCAAGCCACGGAGGGAGAGGAGCAGGCCACGGAGGGAGAGGAGCAGGUCAAAGAGGGAGAGGAGCAGGCCACGGAGGGAGAGGAGCAGGUCAAAGAGGGAGAGGAGCAGGCCACGGAGGGAGAGGAGCAGGUCAAAGAGGGAGAGGAGCAGACCACGGAGGGAGAGGAGCAGGUCAAGGAGGGAGAGGAGCAGGCCACGGAGGGAGAGAAGCAGGCCACGGAGGGAGAGGAGCAGGUCAAAGAGGGAGAGGAGCAGGCCACGGAGGGAGAGGAGCAGGUCAAAGAGGGAGAGGAGCAGGCCACGGAGGGAGAGGAGCAGGUCAAGGAUGGAGAGGAGCAGGUCAAGGAGGGAAAGGUGCAGACCAAGGAGGGAGAGGAGCAGGUCAAGGAGGGAGAGGAGCAGGUCAAAGAGGGAGAGGAGCAGGCCAAGGAUGGAGAGGAGCAGGUCAAGGAGGGAGAGGAGCAGGUCAAGGAGGGAGAGGAGCAGCCUUCUCCAAACGCGGUGCUGAGCUCCUCCAAACGCGGUGCUGAGCUCCUCCGCGGUCCGAUCCGCUGCAGAACAGUUUGCACGCCGAGUCUUCCCUCGCCCGCGCUGGUGGUAGAGGACGCCGGUGCUCUCUCCAGUACUUUCGCCCUCUUUCUCCUUCCCUGCCGACAGUCCGCCGGUUUGCCGCGCCCCUGUGACAACGAGUCACCGCCACGGUAG